AUGAUGGAGGGGCUCAUAGCUUUUGAUGCUUCGCCUGAGGAGUCGCUUAAGUCGCAAUUUGCCACCAUACUAAUGGGCAUCUCCGCCAUCCUCCUGGGACCGUUGGGCCUGGCUGCUGCUCUGCGAUUCUUCCUGCGCAGAUUUUGGUCAUCUCAAGGCGGUUUGCCCCACUCCGCGCUAGUUACCGUCUUUCCUACAAGUAUCACCUCUUGUGCGACUUGCGUGUCCGGUUUCUUGCCUGGUCCAGCUCCUGUAGCCAUUGGUGUACCCUUCGAAUAA